UGUCAUGUGAGUAACCUUCUGAGUGUAGGGCUUCCUUCCUCAUCGCUUCUAUAGAGUGGAACACAUCUGCACUACCCGCCCACACAGGGGGUGGUUGUCCACACACCGCAUCACUACCAACGGCAUCGCUGCACCAGUGGGUUGUGAGACAGCAGAACUCCAGUGGAGAGACCGUUUUAGCCUGAGUCUGAGCCCACAUCAGGAGUUCUACACUCACCCAAGUCCUGCCUUGUCCAACCCGACCCAGCCAUUUUCUGACUUGCCAAGCCCUUCACAACCCAGCCAUGGAUGCCCUGUCCUCCCUGAGCUCCUCAACCUCUUGCUCUCAUCUGUACCUCUGGGCCAGCAACACCACCAACAGCAGCGCUAUUAACAUUGAUGUGAUCCUGGAGCACUACAACCACACAGGGCGACUGCAGCAUCGCGUGCCCCGCCAGGGUGGCCUGAGCUCGGCAGCGGCCCUCUCCCUCUUCAUCAGCGUCCUCAUCAUCCUGGAGAACCUGCUGGUCCUAGUGGCCGUGCUCUCCCGGAUCCUCCACAGCCGCCGCUGGGUCUACGUGUGCAUCGCCAACAUCACCCUGAGCGACCUGCUGGCCGGGGCGGCCUACGUGGUCAACAUCUGGAUGUCGGGCAGCCAGACGUUCAGACUGAGCCCGGCUCUGUGGCUGUUCAGGGAGGGGGUACUGUUCGUGGCCCUCGCCGCCUCCAUCUUCAGCCUGCUGCUGAUAGCUGUGGAGCGCUACACCACCAUGAUGAAGCCGCUGCAACAGAAGUCGGCCAGGAAGACGUAUCGUAUCUACGGCCUGGUGGCGCUGUGCUGGAUCGUGGCCUUCGCCAUCGGCUUCCUCCCCCUGCUGGGCUGGAACUGCGUGUGCAGCCUGGAGAGCUGCUCUACCCUGCUGCCGCUCUACUCCAAGAGCUACAUCCUCUUCUCCCUGCUCAUCUUCUCCCUCAUCCUGCUGGCUAUUGGCGUGCUCUAUGGCGCCAUCUACAGCCACGUGCGCAGCAGCUCCAAGGUGGGCUCCCAGCGCAGCCGCAAGCGCUCCCUGGGGCUGCUGAAGACAGUCAUCUCCAUCGUGGGUGUGUUCAUCAUAUGUUGGGGGCCCCUGUUCAUCCUGCUGCUGGUGGACUUCUUCUGUGUGUCGCGGCAGUGCGCACCGCUCUUCAGCGCCGACUGGGUCAUCGCCCUGGCCGUGAUAAACUCGGCCCUGAACCCUGUCAUCUACACCCUGGGCAGCACAGAGCUGAGGAAGGCCAUUGCCGGCUUGUUGUGCUGCUGCUGCCUCAGGGCAGGCCUCUGUCACCCUGACACCUUUGUGUCCAAGGAGACCAGCAGCACCGGGAGCAUCAGGCACAGCAGCCUGAGGAACAGUUUCAAUAAGAUCAGGAGUCUCACUGUCAGCCCCCCGCCUGCACCCAAUGCCCCCAAGAAGAGCCGCCGCCUGAGCUCCACCACCACCUGCCUGUCUGUGUCAAGCGGUUAGACCACAACGGGCUGCCUGGGGCAGGCGUAGCUGUGUGUGUGUUUGAGAGACAUAGAGAGAGAGAGACUCAGUGGAGGCUCCUCAGAGGAGGAAGGGGGGGGGGCUUCCUACUCAGGGGGUUUCAUAAAAGUAAAAAUAUUAAAAAUACAAAUGUCAAUUAUUAAUUUGUAGCAUACUGCAAUUAAAGCCAGACUAAGUCAAUGGCACAGAUGGAACUAUCCAAGCAGAUCUCCAUCAAAAAUCAAAGUUAAAGAAUAUGACUAAAUCUAAUCAAAUUUAAAUGCAAUUUGAAUCAAGUUUGAUUUAGUCUUACCAGUCUCAUUUGAUUUAGUCUUAAUAGCUGUUGAUGAAUUUGCAAUGCUAUAUAGACCUAAAAAGUAUAAUUGAUGAUAUAGGACUUAUAAUGUAUGGUUACAUUUCCUUUGCUCUGUUAAACCUACCCUUUGGAACUACUUUGAUAGCAACAGUGAAUAUAUUUAGUUAUUGAGAUGUCUCUGAGUAAUCACUCACAAUAGCACAUUGGUAGUAGGUGAUAUAAAAACUAAGCUGGGUUUGGUUAAAACCCUGUAUUGGAGACCAAAUGAAUAGUUGUAGAUCAAUUCUCCAAUAGGAGGUGCUGCCCAGACAUGUUUUUUCCUGAUAUUGGACAUUCCGUUGAAGAUCUGACAUUGUUUCAAAAGGUACAAAUUCAAUUUACUGUAUUUUAAAGAAGGGUUGUCUAUGUUGAAAAGUGGUACUAUGAUGACAUAAUCCUGUGGUUGAAAUCUCACCCUCAAAACAAAAGUUUAUGACUUUUUUCAAAUCCAAUGUAUUUUCCACGUAACAUAUACACGUCUAAUAUACGUCUAAUUACACUGAGACAAUGUUGAUUCAACCAGUUUGUGCCCAGUGGGUCAAGGUAAGUAUAGGGCAAAUUCUAGUAUCAUGUAGUUGCCUAAACCUAUCGAUGUUACAUUGAGCUGGAUGAAUGGAAUAUGAAAUGACAGUCAUCCAAUAUGCUGAAAUAGAAAUAAGGCCAAGCUCAUAAGAAAAAGAUUGUCCUCCCAAAUCUGAAACGGCACUAACUGCCGCUGGUGUGUGUGUGUGUGUGUGUGUGUGUGUGUGUGUGUGUGUGUGUGUGUGUGUGUGUGUGUGUGUGUGUGUGUGUGUGUGUGUGUGUGUGUGUGUGUGUGUGUGUGUGUGUGUGAGUUACCACAGAGAAUGCAGUUCCUCCAUUAUCUAGCUCCACCCAAAUGUGGCCUUGAUACAACCAGGUCUACAUACAACGGUUUUCUCUGUUGUUGGUUUUGUUCAUUGUCUUCAUUGUCAUCAGCCCAGGACCUGGUACACUGACGAAAGAGCAUCUUUGUGGUUCUCUGUUACUGUAGCAACACCAAUCUGUUUCAUUUUAUGCAUUCCAAAAAAAGUUUGUUUUUUUUAUUAAAAAGGGAGUUCAAACUCAUUCAAGAUUUAUCAUAAAAGAUGCACUAUGGAAGCUGCUUUUGUUUCACUGUUUCAGCUUUGAAACAGAUACUAUUUUACUGUGAAGAUGGUUUUCAUUGAAAGGGGUACUUUCUUAUUGCACCACUUAAAUAGAACUGAAUUAAAAACAACAACAAAAAUAUGUAGAUAUAUUUAGAAAAUGCAAUAUUAUUUUUACAUACACUGAGUGGACAAAACAUUAAGGACACCUGCUCUUUCCAUGACAAAAACUGACCAGGUGAAUCCAAGUGAAAGCUAUGAUCCCUUUUUGAUGUCACUUGUUAAAUCCACUUCAAUCGGUGUAGAUGAAGGGGAGGAGACGGGUUAAAGAAGGAUUUUUAAGCAACUCAAUAUUUGGAAGGCGUCCCUAAUGUUUUGUACACUCAGCGAACAUUGUACAGAAGGGUAGUUGAAUACAUUUUUCAAUUGGUUAAACAUUUAUUUUGUACAAUAUUGUUUUUAAGAGUAUACAUUUGUUGAACGCUUUACUAUUGCUGUUAUUCUGAAAGAGGAUUACAUUUCUGUUAUUUUGUACAUUGACAAUGUAUAAAUAAAUAUUUUAACAAAA